AAGCGGGUGGUGCUUCCUGGUAAAACUUAAACUCUGUACAACCACGCAAAGUCACAGCUUCCUUCCUUUACAACCACAUGACAGAUUGAUAGAAGUCCUAAUAUUUAUCCAAAUCACCACCAGUCACAGAAAAAGCCACCUCUAUUACAAGGGGCGCGAUGAGAUGGACCGCCCGCCCUCAAGAUCUUCUAGGGCGAAACGUCUUGGAGAUAUGACCAAACAGAAAUACCAAACUGAGACCGACUCGUUCUUCGGUAGACGACCGAGGACAAUCGAAAAAGAGAAUCAUGUUGGCGUGGGCGUGGGGGGAGAUAGUUGUAUUUGUUGGUUCUCUUGAUGUUUGCAAUAUUAUUGCUAGUGUCACUUUUUAGAAUGUGAUAUCGUGUUCCACCUCUUCCUCUGUUAUUUGCGAUUCUUCUCCACUUUUUAGAAUGUGAUAUCGUGUUCCAGUUCCUCUUCCUUUAACUUCUACUAGUUGACCUCUCAUCAUCCAAGAACCAGUUCCCGAUACACCUCACCCUCCCAGUUUCUAGCUGUCUCGGUAGUCGCAGAUGGGUUCUCAAGCCUUUAGACGGCGACGGCACUCGGCUUGGUGGCCAGUUGAAAAUUAGGAGAGACUUCGGCCUAGGCGAACAUCCGUCUUCAAGUAGUAGCUCGCUUGGCUGUUCCGAGUGUCCGCGGCCUCUAUCAAGGGGAGAUAGAGAAAGACCUCUGUCUCGUAGUGGUGAUAGGCCGCUAUCUAGAUCCGGAGAUAGACCUUUAUCGCGUGGCGGUGACGGCGGGUCGGGCAGGCCGUUGUCGAGAGGCAGGGAUAGAUCGCCAUAUAACAUCAUGCAGGAUCAUUGCUUUAUGUCUUGGUGGAUUUCAAACCUGGUUCAGUGACGGGAUCAAGUACUCCUAGGAUCGAUAGGAAGACAAGGUUAGAAGUUCCUCACUCAGAACAAGAUUGGUGAGUUCGAUUUCGAGUGGAGAAGGUUCAUGUUGUCUUUCAUCAGAAAGAAAACUGAUAAAUGAGUUUGAUGCUGCUCACCCUCUAAGAGCCUCGACCCGCACCCCUUAGGGGAUCCGGGCGACCCAUUAGGGGUCACUGCUAGUGCGAAUAUGGGAUGUGGCGGUCUGAGGCCACACUCUAGAGGCAGCGAUGGCGAUGGAGACGAGCCAGACAGAGCAGCUGCCACAUGCUUUGAUACCUUCUGGGUGGAUCAGUUAUGGAAAGUAGAAUGGCAAUAUAUAUAUAUUUAUAAUAAUCUUCUCAUUUUUUUUGAAAAUUCUCGUUUUCGUUUUUCGGAACUUCCCAGCGGUCCAGGGGGCCAUCUAAGGUUUAGUGGACCGGGAAGGCCUAUGAAUCGAGUGCGGAGUCUCGACACCUUAGGACCUUGGGAUAAUCGGAAGCUAGCGAGAUCGAGGCCUGGGAGUCGAUGCGGUAUUACGUCUUUUUAUGCUUAUUUUCAUCAUCAGGAAGGUGAAAGCACUUUUGAAUAAGCAAUUUGCGUGCGUAUCAAGGUAAAAAAGAUUCAAACCAUCACUCGCUUUUCAGGUCUUAUCCUGCCAUCGAUAGGAGGACGUGGAAAAAAGGAGAGCAGCAUGCGAUGUUCUGCGCCAGUCUUAGCAUGAGGAGAGGAUCUGCUCCGUUGACCGGAAAACAAAAACAAAAAUCAAAAAUCCGAAUUAUCAUUGUCCAAAAGUUUACUGUAGUUGCUUCACUUGCAUCUAUGUCUAUCUUCUACAUCAAAAACCAUAAAGUGUUUACUCUUGUCACAUCAAUUUACCCAAUCAUGACACUAUCUUCACAAUUCUCAGUCAUAAAAACGCAGUAUCUAUGCAGCAAGCAACCAUCUCUAUCUUCGGAGUUAGUACCGCUCUAUUCGUAUUCAGUAGAUUACAUUAUGUUAGUUUACCACGUGUGAUUGCAAUCCUUGCAUCAUGUACUACUCACAAUGCCUAUUGCAUCAUCAUCGAUGUCUCAAGAACUGAACUUCAAUACUUCGUAUCUAUGAAUGACACACACAAAACUUCUCAAUUCGUAUCGCGAUUCUUACUCAGUCACGACGACUCGCAAAGAUUACAAGAAAAUAGAAUGCAUCCAAUACCAAUCAUCGACCAGAAUCAUCUUCAACUAGAAGACAUUCCACUCCAUUUUAAUACCUGGCUAAGAACAUGAUCAUCUUCACCUAAUCAAGGACCACCAGAACCACACCAAACCAGGAACUAUUCUUAUUAUAUUAACAACCAGACAAGAACAAAAAAGGAAGGGGAAUCUCGACUAAGUCUAGCUCUAGGACGUUUGAUCCCUAUAGAC